AUGGACCUCAACUGCAAAGUUAAACGAAUUUUAAUACUCCUGAUUUGGUUGCUAGGCGAUAAGGACAUUGAAAAUUUGCAUUGUUCUUUAAGAGAUUUGAACGCAGAAACUCACAACCAAGACCUAAUCACUCACGCUUCCAAACACCAAGAUCUACACUUAAUUUAUCACUCACUGAUCAGAGAACCCAAACCAACAAUCAUAUUACCCACACCUCAAACCUCUAAGAUCCCCAUUGUCGCUCAUUACCCACGCCUCAGAUCAAGAUCCACACAGUCACUCAUUACCCACGCCUCAGAUCAAGAUCCACACAGUCACUCAUUACCCACGCCCCAGAUCAAGAUCCACACAGUCACUCAUUACCCACGCCCCAGAUCAAGAUCCACACAGUCACUCAUUACCCACGCCUCAGAUCAAGAUCCACACAGUCACUCAUUACCCACGCCUCAGAUCAAGAUCCACACAGUCACUCAUUACCCACGCCUCAGAUCAAGAUCCACACAGUCACUCAUUACCCACGCCCCAGAUCAAGAUCCACACAGUCACUCAUUACCCACGCCCCAGAUCAAGAUCCACACAGUCACUCAUUACCCACGCCCCAGAUCAAGAUCCACACAAUCACUCAUUACCCACGCCUCAGAUCAAGAUCCACACAGUCACUCAUUACCCACGCCUCAGAUCAAGAUCCACAUUAUCACUCAAACUAAAAAGGCUCAGAAAUCCACUCAUUACCCACACCUCAAACCACAAAGGACUUAA